AUGAGGGCUAAGUCUAUGGAAAGUCUAAGGCAAAUACUAUUCAUUGCCGUAGCUUCAUUCGACACUUGGGUUUGGCAUGCCUUCUUCGGGGUUGCCGGAUCUCAGAAUGACCUCAAUGUCCUUGGUGGUCAAUCCCCAGUGUUCGACGAGGUAUUGCGAGGUCAUUCCCCCCAGGUCACGUACCAAAUCAACAAUACCGUAUACUCUAGUGCGUACUACCUUGCCGACGUAAUUUAUCCUAGGUGGACGACAUUCGUGAAAACAAUUUCGAAUCCCCAAUCCGAGAAGGAAAGAAGCUUUGCUUCCUUUCAAAAAGGUUACAGGAAAGACGUGGAGAGGUGUUUCGGUAUCUUGCAAGCUCGUUGGGCAAUUAUCAGGGGUGCUGCUCGGAUGCUAGAUGAGGAGGUGCUGCGGAGUAUUAUGAUGACUUGCUUCAUCCUCCACAACAUGAUUGUGGAGGAUGAGUAUGACUACGAUGCUGCAGAGGUAUUUGAACCCGAUCCCUUGAACACGGCGUUGACAAGAAUAUAUGAAAGGCCGAUGGGACCAAAUGGACUACCAAUGGAGCCCGAACUGUUACUUCGAGAUGGUCAAUUCAACAACCCCAUGAUUGAUCGUUAUCAAGAAAUGCAAUCUUCAUAUGUUCAUGAGAGACGUCAAGUUGACUUGAUCGAGCACUUGUGGGAAAGGAAAGGCAAUCACAAUGGAUGA